AAUCAAUUCUUUCUAACCAGCGAACCAUUUGAUAAACUCUUCUUAAGAAUGAAAUAUUUAAGGGACUUUUAACAGGAAAUGACUUGACAAACUCUUUCUAGAAGAAUUUACUUAACGAACUUUUCUUAACGGAAAACUACUAAUGAACUCUUUCUAAAAAUUAACCAUGUGCUGAACCUUUCAUAACGGAAAACGACUUAACGAAUACUUCUUAAUGAAAAACUACCUACCCCAACAGCAUAUAGAACAAAGAACUAGCUUUAUCUUUCCAUGUUCCUUCUUGCAUUUUUGACAUGUUUGUUGCAAACAUACAAUAUGAUCUCUAAUUAAAGCUGGAUUCUACUUGAAUCAAACUCUAACUCACUGAAAUUAAUCACAAUGAAAUGAACUGGAGCCACUAUUUCCCCUCUCAUUUCCCCUUAACAAACAAAAGGAGAUAGACAAAUAAGGAAAAUAGCCAAGUGCACCCUGUACAACUCAUCUCUCAUGCAUCCAGUAUUAACCUUUUCCCCCCAAGACCAUCCUCUCUCCCUAUAAAUUCACCCUAUGGUUCCUCUCUACCUCACACUCUUACCUCUUGCAAACAACACUGCCUUUGGCUUCUCUCACAAGGUUCAGAAUAAUCUUUCACGGAAGCCUUCAAGAAUGUCUCUUGUUCCAUCAUCUUCUUCUUCCAAGAGACAGAAGGUUGACAACAUUUCAAAGAGGCCAAUUGGUGAUGAUGGAAAUUUCUUUGUAUGUGUAAUCUGUAAUAAUGAGGGGCUUCUGCUCUGUUGUGAUAAAUGCCCGGCAGCCUAUCACCUAUAUUGUCUUUCUCCACCUCUUGAGAAAGCCCCUGAUGGAGAUUGGUAUUGUCCCAACUGCAGCCAUAAGGAAUCAGAAGAUUCACCAAAUGAACCUGCAGUCCCAAAUACAACCUCACCUGCCAUAGAGAAUGGUGAACCUGGCAAAAGACGAAUUAUGGUUUACGAGAGACGCCGGAGGAAGAGGGCUUUGGAAGUAGGGGAACAUACUCAAGGGCCUCAAAGAUGUGGACAUGAUAAACUUCUUACAUUGAGGGAUGUUUCAGAACAAUCGCUUGAAGCUGACCGGGCACCCAGGCAGAAUGGUGGUGACAAAGAGGUAAAUCCAGUGCCCAAAACAGGAAAUCCUCGGAAAGAAACGAUUGAUCAGCUCCGCGCAGGACAGAAGAACAAGAUUUUAUCAGAUAAACAGUCCAGAUCUUUGGAACUUAAUCACCAUGUUGCUAGUUCCUGCAGGCAACCUUGGCUGCACGUUCAGUCCCAUCUGGCAUCUGAUGCCGUUCACAGGACUAACAACGUGAUGCAAAGCCAGGGAAUUUCAGUUCCAGGAAUAAAACAACAGAACACGAAUUAUUCCAAUGUAACCAUAGCUAUACCAGGCCCUGUCUUCCAAAGAACUAACAAUGAAGCCUGGAUAAGAGAGGAGCUAGAUGAUCUCUGGAGAGGAGUCCACAUGUAUGGGCCACAAAACUGGGCAAUUAUGCUUAGAGACCCAAGACUGAGGUUCUCAAAGCACAGAACCCCCGAAGAUUUGGCAGCAAGGUGGUGGACGGAGAGGCUCAGCCGCUUGUACUCUCGACAAACUGCUGCACAAGGACUGAAUGCCUUAGUCUCUUCUGGGAUCUCUGCCACAAAAACAGCUGGUCCGUCACAGGCUUCUUCAAGCGCGGAAUGCCGUCAGGAUAGAAUCAGUACGGGCUCCAUUCCAGUAGCUUGGCCAGCACCUUGGGCAAGGAGUUCAUCGAGACAAGCUAAUUUAACAUAUAUGGACAGGUUCUCUGUGCCUUUGCAAGAUGCAACUGCAACACUCAAGCCAAAUCAAUAUCGAACAGGUUUUGCUCUGCGGAAACCCAAUGACAGUAUAUCAGCUCCGCAGGCCUUAGUUCAUCAAGAAAGGCGACCAGAACAAACUCUCCUUCUGGGCAGCUUGUUUAAGCUUCCAAAGAUUACAGAAUCUUGGGAAACAAAACCAGAUUCUCCCCAGAUGGGUAAGGACUGAAUGUUCCCGAGCUCUUUCCACAUUGUCCCUGGAUGAAAGACUGGUCGUCCAGUGGCUUCUGGAGUGUAUAGUUGCAACAAAGUCUAGCAAAAUAGCCUGUACCAUUUGUACAAAUGAAUUGUAUAUAAUUUUUUAAAAUUCAUUUGUAAGUAUAGUGUUUCAUUAACCCCACUCUUUUUUGCCCAGUCAAAGUCCCAGGAAGGACUUUCCUUCCUGUCUCCAGCUCAUCUCCCAUCUGAGUAGUACACAGAGAUCUUCAUCCUGAAUCUAAACAAUAUCUUUGUUUUCAACGCCCUUGAUUUUUCCAAAUCUCCAUGCCCAAUGACGAGCUUAUGGACUUUCUA